AUGUCGGCCUCUCCAUCCAACCUUCAGUCGACCAAGCGACCUCUUGAGGAUCCUUCCUCCCCCUCAGGCCCCAACGACCAGCCCGAUGCCAAGCGCCCGGCCCUGGAUAAAGUAGUGAAGAGCGACCCCGAUGCCGAAGCGGACGUGUCGAGCAACCAGAUUCCCUCCGUGGAAGACACCAAGGAUAUACAGGGUGAUACCGUCGUCCCCGACGCCCCUAACGGCAAGCAUGCCGAUACCCAGCCGAUCCAGUCCACUGCCUCCCACGGGGAGCGCGCUGGCUCCCAGUCCGACCAGCAUACCCCUCAGGACGAGACGAACUGGAUCCACAUCCGCGCCGUGAUCUCCAGCCCGGAGGCCGCGACUGUGAUUGGAAAGGGAGGUGAGAAUGUUUCCCAAAUCCGUCGUCUUUCCGGUGCCAAGUGCACCGUUAGUGACUACUCGCGGGGUGCCGUCGAACGCAUUUUGACCGUCAGCGGCCCCCAGGAUGCUGUAGCUAAGGCAUUUGGUCUGAUCAUCCGCACCCUGAACAACGAACCCCUCGACUCCCCUUCCACUGCCCAGUCUAAGACGUAUCCUCUGCGUUUGCUAAUCCCGCACAUUCUCAUUGGCUCCAUCAUCGGCAAGGGUGGAAGCCGUAUUCGUGAGAUCCAGGAAGCUUCCGGCGCGCGCCUCAACGCCUCUGAUGCCUGCCUUCCCUUGUCCACUGAGCGCUCCCUUGUCAUUCUCGGUGUUGCCGAUGCCGUGCAUAUUGCGACAUACUAUGUUGCUGUUACACUCGGCGAGCAAUUGACGGAGCGAUUCGGUGGCCCGGCGGCCUCGGCCUAUGCUACUCGUAGUGGUGGUCCUGCCGGUGCUGUUCCCGGUGGCAUGCAGGUCGUCCCUUACGUCCCGCAGCCAGCUGGUGGCCAGUAUGGUCAUCCUGAAACAUUCAAGCGUCACCACCCGCACCCUAACCGCGCCCAAGCCGGUUCUUACGGCGUCCCGUAUUUGCACGGCCAAGCUGCCCCGGCCCCUGUCGGCCAGCCAGCCAUGCCUUACGGUGCUCCUGCUCCCCACACCCCCUACUCUGGUGGCGCCCCCCAUCAGCCUGCUCCAUACGCUGCUGCCUCCCCCGGCCGUGGAGCCCCUGCCCCUGCCGCCCCCGCUGGUGGUGCCAUGCCCGGCCAGCCUCUUACCCAGCAGAUCUAUAUCCCUAACGACAUGGUCGGUGCCAUCAUUGGCAAGGGUGGCGCUAAGAUCAACGAGAUUCGUCACUUAAGUGGCAGUGUCAUCAAGAUCAACGAGCCUCAAGAGAGCAGCAAUGAGCGUCUGGUAACAAUCACUGGUACCCAGGAGUGCAACCAGAUGGCUCUGUACAUGCUCUACUCCCGACUUGAGAGCGAAAAACACCGCGUUUAG